AUGGACAUGACUCGCGAUACAAUUGACAUCCAUCUAGCCAAUUUCAAACCCGACUUUGUUUUCUUUGACAUGCCCUUGUGGGUACCCGAGUUGGCUCGAAAACACGGGUCCAAGCCAAUAUAUUUUACCCUUCCGAGUCUUAUCAACUUUGCUUACUUUAGCCUUCAGGCAAGGAACUUGCCAAAUGAUCAUUAUUUCAUCGAGGCUGAUCUUUGUAGGCCGCCACCCGGUUUCCCGUGCCAGGCUAUUAGGCUGCACCCUCAUGAGGCACGAGUCCUGGCAAGUAUGUGCAAUGGUGUAAUACUAAGGGGAAUGAGGUUUCUAGACAAACUUAGUUUUGCGAUGCGAGAAACUGAUGCCAUUGUUACAGAGACUUGUAGGGAGAUGGAAGGGGCUUAUUGUGAUUUUGUAGAGAAGCUUAUUGGUAAGCCUGUUCUUCUAGCAGGUCCCGUUUUGUCGAAACCUGCAACUUCGAGACUAGAUCACCAAUUUGAUUGUUGGUUAAAUGGUUUUAGUCAUGGCAGUGUGGUGUUUUGUGCUCUUGGUAGUGAAUGUAUUCUGGGUAAAGAACAGCUUCAUGAACUUGUUCUCGGACUUGAGCUCACCGGUAAGCACAAAAUAUUAGCAAAUUUAAUUUAUAAUAUCAAUAUAUAG